UGGAAUAGUGAACUAUCCAUAGGAAAUUUUAAUUUGGCUACAGGCACUGCGCCGUGCUCCCGAUCGGGUUGCAUAAAUUAGGUGCCUUUUCUCAUCUUCUAACCACUACCACCACUUUGGCUAGGAUGUACAGCUGACAUAAGGUGGCUAGAUAGCCGACGCCUGCCACCUGCGCGCACGUUUUAGGUGUUUUGUGCCGCGGCUAUUUCGGACAAUGUACCGACGGUACUGAUAUAGUUUAAGCUUGCCCCGAGCUCCAUUCUUGCGUAUCCCAAGCGUAAGCGCAGCCAUGGCUGCAGCCGGUAGCACUCGUACAGUAUUCGGCUACGGUACCGACCUUGACUGGCGGUCCACGACGUUCGUGAGUCCGCUACCGUCGUCAAGAGUGUGCAGCGUUUGCGGACUGGUGCCACAAACAAUUACCGCUUUGCCCUGCAGUCACCACAUCUGUCGGCAAUGCUUCGACAGUGUUAUCAGCGGGAUGAAGCGUUGUCCGAUCGACGGAGAAACCCUUGAGAGUACUGACGAUGUAACGUGGUCGACGCACAGCAGGGACAGUGUCCUAGAACUCAGGGUGCGUUGCUGGAACGCCACUAACGGUUGCGUAGCCGAAGACACCGCAUCUGCCAUGCUGGAUCACUUCGCGAGUGCGUGCCGAUUUCACAGCGUGAAGUGUCCCACGUGCGGCGCCAGCGUGCUGCACCGGGACAUUUCGGACCACGUCUCAUCGGGCUGCUGCUUUCCGACGUCCGACGACUUGGAUCGGUCAGCGAACGAAAACUCGGCUAACGCGCUCAUGGAGGUCAGAGACCUGCUGAGCAACCUGUCGCGGGACAAUGCUUCGCUACAGACGAGACUCAACACGUUCGAACAGCGCCUGUCGGCGAAAUUGGAUCGCACCGUGACGUCAGUCACCGAGCAGACGGAAGAUGCUGUUCGUGCUCAAUUCGCUGGCCAUCUGAGCAGCGUGACUUCGUCAAUCGAGCGUCAGCAGAUUCUGAACGAUGUAGUGACGAGGCAACUCCUAGCAUCUGAGUACCGUAAGAACCUGACUUCGUUGAAAGCCACGAUCAAGGAUGCCGUUGCCCAAGGGUGUGGACGCGAUACCGAUACCAUUCCCAGCGCUAUGGCUGCCGUUGUGACCGAAGAGAUUUGCGAUUUAGCGAAAGAGCUUUCUACCCAGCCGACACUCACGGGUGAGGGUGCAUCCAAAGCCCUCAUGCUCUUGGCUGCCACUGUCUUUGGCGACAAAAACAAAGCUCUAGUGCGAAACCCGCCGACACGUAUUUGGAAAAUAGACGACUGGGAUGAUUUCACUUACGUGAGUCACGCACGUGGUCGCCAGAGGCGUCAAGAUCGUUUCGGCCCUUCGUACUACUUGCAAGGAUAUCUGGUGGUUCCACGAUUGUGCUUUUACCCACGCUCUGGUGCUAUCCGGUACAGCCCUUACAUAAUCGAAGGCCUGUACGACAAGUUUAUCACAGCACCUACUAAGGCUUCACUCGUGCGCUUCAUUGAUCCCUCGGGCUUUUCAACAGACAUGAAAUUUACCGGUGAAUUCAGCUGGGACAAGCCAGAUCAAGAGAUCAUGUACAGGGGUAGCCAAGUGCUCUACUUGGGACAUGUGUCGGUUCCCAUAAAUGUUGUCUCACUGGAAGAUGGUGGCUUCAUAGCAGAUGACACUGCUUGCCUUGAGAUAUACCAUGAAUAAUGUGUCGCUGAAUACAAUUUCAUUUGAAAUCUUCCACAAAGUUCUGUGAAUGCAGUCCAUGAGAAGGGGCUGAUUCAGGAUUAAUCGUGUAUCUAUGUCAUCAUGAACAGAUUAACCAUUUUGCAAUUGUUUUGCAUGCUGAGUUCCAGCGCUGCUUUUUUACUCAAAACUCACUUUGAACUUUUCAAGGUCAUGAUGGUACUUUUAGCAGA